UAGCACACAGUAACAGCAAGCCAAGCUUUAUUGUUAUGGAGCCUGUGAACAGCCCCCAGGCCGCCACGCCCUCGCUGUGGCCAGCCUGGUGCAGCUUCCCCGGCUGGAGCUCUGGGGCCGGCGCAGGCGCAGGCGUGGGCGCAGGAGAAUGCGCAGGUGCAGGUGCAGGAGAAGGCGCGGGCAAGCAGCAGGAGCAGCAACAAGAGCAGCAGCAACAAGAGCAGCAGCAGGAGCAGCAACAAGGGCAGCAGGAUCAGGAGCAACAGGAGCAGCAGAAGGAGCAAGCUGGAGCCGCGGAGGGUGAGCCAGCGCGGCGGGUCGGCGAGGUCGCCUCCGGCAAGGCGGCCGAGGCGCCGGCGGGGCCGGCCGCCGCUGCUGCCGCCACUGCCCAUGCUACUGUAAAGCCUGCGGCGGCGUCACCAGCGGUGGCGGCGGCCGGCGGCGACGGCUGCAGCCCUGGUGAGGAUGACCCACGGGGCGAGGGGGGCUCGGGCGCCGCCGCCGCAGCAGCAGCAGCAGCAGCAGCAGUCCCCACGCCCCCUGCCGCCAGCAGCCCUACAGCAACAGCACCUACAGCAAGCAAUGCCCCUGAUGCGCCAGCCGCCCACACGUCAUCCCCGAUCACGUCACGCCCCGCAGCCUCCCCCUCCUCCUCCCCCUCUUCUUCCUACUCCUGGUUUUACCCCUGGUACACCCCUGCGCCCGGCUCCUCUGGCGCCGCUGCCGGCGGCGGCGGCUCCCCCGCUGGCACCGGCACGACCGGUGGCGGCGGCGGCGGCCUGAGUUCGCUCCUGGUGAUGCACAGUGUGCCGCCCGCCCUCAUUGGCACCGCCUUUACCCCCGGCGCCUCAGCGGCCUCAGCGACGGCUCCAGACGCCGCCGCCGCCGCCAGCGGCAGCGGCAGCGGCAGCGUCGCCAAGGCAGCUGGCGGGCCGGCGGCGGCGGGGGAUGCGGAUCCGGCGGCGGCAGCGGCAGCAGCGGCGGCGGCGGGUGCGGCGGAGUUGGCAGAGGUGCUGGGCCGUGUGGGGCGGCUGGGCCACAUGGUCAACCGGCGCGGCUACCGGCUUGCCUGCUACUUCUGGCCUGCCACCACCACCAGCAGUAGCAGCAGUAGCAGCAGUGGCUGUAGCAACAGCAGUAGCACAACGGCAAGGCCCGCUACAGCUGCGGCUGGCAAGGUUUCCACGGCUGGCAAGGCGGCACGGGCGGGCAAGCCAUCGAGGAUCGGCACAGUACUGCCUCCGGCGCCACCACCGGCGCCGCCACCGGCGCCGGCGGCUAGCAAGCAGCCGGACAACGACAGCGGUUUAGUGAGUGCGGUAGAAGCAGCAGCAACAGCAGCAGAAGCAGCAGCGGCAAGGGCGGCGGCGUCGGAGGCGGCGGAGGCGGCGGCGUCGGAGGCGGCGCCACCGCAACCGUCUUCGCUGUCCAUGGCGGUGGCUUCACUGCGAAGUGCCUUGAGCCCCUUCAGCCCCUUCGGCGCCGCAGCCGCCGCAGCGGAGGACACCAAUGCGGCUGCGCGCGGUGCGAAGCCAGAGAUGGCGGCGGCGGCGGCGGCGGCGGCGCCGGUGCCGGCGCCGGCGCCGUCGGGUGGAGUGCCGCCGCUGCCGCCGCGCCGUCGGCCCUCCGCCGUCGCGCUCAAUCGCCUGCAGUCCGCCGCCUCCGGUCCUGGCCCCGCCCCCGCCGCCGGGCUUGCCUCCGGGCUCGCCUCCGCCUUUGGGCCCGCCUCCGCCUUUGGCGCGGCGGCCGGCGCGGCGGCCGGGGUCGUGGCGGAGCCGUGUGACGCUGCCCCCGCGGCUGCUGCUGCUGCGGCGGCUGCGGCUGCGGCUAUGAUUAAACGGACGCCGGGAGCGGCAGUUGCAAGCCACAGGCGCAGCGGCAGCGGCGGCGGCGGUGCGUCACAGCUACAGCCGCCCAAGGCGCAGGCGUCUAGCGGUACCAGCGCGCGCCCUCCGCCCGGCCCUCCCUUCGCAGCCGCCGCCCGCAGCCGCAGCGUCGGCGUUGGCGGCGGUAGCAAUGGCGGCGCCCGCAGCCGUACCGCUGCUAGUGGCCACGGCGGCGGCGGCGGCGGCAAGCGCGUCCAGUUCGUUCAGAGCGAUGACGGCGGCAGCAGCGGCAGCGGCGACGCGAGCGCCGGUGGCGAUAGCGGUAGCGGCGGCAGCAGCAGUGACGGCGGCGGCGGCGGCGGCAAUGGCGGCGUGCGGCGGGUGGGGGGUCUGAGCCGCCGCAGCCGCAGUGUGGCGGCGGCGUGCCUGCUGACGCACGCGUUAAGCGUGGCAACACAGCUGUCCAUGGAUCUGGAUCUUGAGGACAUGGACCUGACACGGGGCUCUGGUUUCAAACAAGACGGCGUACCCGGUUCUACCUCUGGUGCUGGUGGUGGCGGUGGCGGUGGUGGUGGGGUUGUUAGUCUGCUGGAGCAGGGAGCCGGCGAGGUGGCGGAGGCCGCAGGUGCAGGUGCAGGCGGCGGCGAUGGCGGCGGCAGUGGUGGCGGCGGCGGCGGUCUCAGCCGUGCCGGUACCAUUCAGCUGCUUGACUUGCCACCGCCGCCACCGCCGCCGUCAGGGUCGCCGCCGACGCCGCCGCCACAGGGGCCGUCCGCUGCUGCGGACGCGGGCUGUGACGCCUGCAGCCGUGCCCCGCCGCUGCCGCCUGCUGCUACUGCCAUGUCUGCUCCGCCGACUGCGGCGGUGGGAGUGGAAGCAGGAGUGGGAGCGGCUGCUCCUGAAAGGAGGCAGCCGCUGACCGCGGCGGAGCAGCCGCCGAAGCAGCAGCGCGGGAAACAGCUGGAGCAGCAGCGGCAUCAGCCCGAGCAGCAGCGGGAGCGGGAGUGGGAGCGGGAGGCGGAUGCAGUGCCAGAGGCGGAGUCUGACGCUGAGGAGGAGCAAGAUGAGGAGGAGGAGGAGGAGGACGAGGUUGCGGUGCUGACGCGGCCCAAGGGGGUGGUGGUGCUGGUGCACGGACAUGGCGCCUACCUGUGUUGGGACUUCCUGCGCACGCGCUGCCCCGGCUCCCGCCCCACCUACCGCGGCAGCUGGGUGCAGACCCUCAACCGCGCAGGCUACGCGGUGUGCGGCAUCGACCUGCAGGGCGCCGGCCGCUCCGAGGGAACCCGCUGCUACAUCGAGCGCUUUGAGCAUUACGUGGAGGAUGUGAUGGACUUUGCGGCGGCGCUGGCAGGCGGGGAAGGCGAGGGAGACCGUGGCGGCGGCGGCGGCGGCGGCGCAAGGGGCGGAGGGGGCGGAGACAACGCAGAGGGGCAGGAGCAGGCGGCCAAGGCAGGCGAGGACGGGAAGGAGCAGGCUGCGGAGGGCGCCGGCAUGACGGAGCAGGGGGAGGGGAAGGAGGCGCGGGCGGCGGAGGCGCAGGCUGCGAAGGAGGCGGAGGAGGCGGACGAGGACGGGGCGAGGGGCAAGGAGCAGCGGCGAGCGACGGACGCGGCGGCGGAGGAGGAGGUGGCGGCGGUGGUGCCGGGCUUUCCGGUCGAUGCACGUGUGGCGCCGCGGUUCAUCAUGGGUUUGAGCCUGGGCGGCGGCAUCGCCACGCACGUGAUGCGGCUGAGCGGCCGCCGCCUGUUCGCCGGCGCCGUACUGCUAGCGCCCAUGAUCAGCCUGCAGGGCAUGUCCAGCCGCUCCGCCAACCUGCUGCUGCGGCUGGCGGCGGCGGUGCUCAACGUGCUGUACCCGCACCUGCCCAUCGUCAAGGGCGAGCCCAACCGCGUGUUCCCACUCAUACAACAGCUGUGGGAGUCCGACCCCUCCUGCUUCCAGCACGGCACGCGUGUGCGCAACGCACUGGAGUACCUGCGCGCCUGCCGCACCCUCACCGCCGAGCUACACACCCUGGACUUCCCCUUCCUGGUCUUCCACAGCGCACGGGACAGGUGGACGGACCCCCACGGCAGUCGGGCGCUGUACGAGCGCAGCCGCGCCGCCGACAAGACCCUGGUGCCCGUGGACCACAUGUUUCAUGUGUUGACCAAGGAGGAUGGCUGGCGCGACGUGCUCGCCACCGCCCUGGCCUGGCUGGAUUCGCACGCAGAUGCAGAUGCAGCGGUGGAGGGGGAGGAGAAGGGCCAGGCGGCCGCGGCUGCGGCUGGGGAGGGGGACGUUGCGGCGGAGUGCACGGCGGACUAGCUAGGGAGCGGGCGGUACGGAAGUAGGCAGGAUGCACGUAAGCCCAAUUCUGCGGCAGUGCGCCACCUGAGGCAGACCGGAAGGGCGCUUACGCAGCGGGGUUCCCUUAGCUGGUGCAGCGUGCGUUAACGAGGAUCCUCCACGGCUCCAGGCUCUUGCGCUCAGCGCAUGUCUUCCAGGGCAACGGUUGGGCUGCUGCUUCAACAGAAACGCAUUUAAAUGAACGGAGGCGCCUUACACUCUCUAUCGA